CGUGUAUUUCAUUUUAAACAAUAUUACUUAUAAGCCCACUUACAUAAAUUCACAAUGAAAUUUCAUUUCUUAAGAGGAAACUGUUUUUAAGUUGUUUGCUUUUUUAUACAUAUAAUAUACACAUAAGCACGACAUUAUGGUAAAAAGGAAAGGAAUCGGAAUUUAAAGGACUGUUACAUUUUAUUCCAUCUCUUCUUAUAUGAAAGAACUAGUUCUUAGACCUAAUUUCAAUGCGUACGUAUGUAUUCAUAUACAUGUAUACAUACACUUGAUAACCAUGUAAGUGGGGACUGAGGACGAGCAAUCGCAAGAAACGCAUGAAACAGAAUAUGCGCCACUGUUAUGUAUGGAUUUACUUGUGUAUAUGUGCAUUGGGGGUAUUAAUAGCUUGCUGAGAUGUCACAGAGUUACAGGCAUCUAAAAGAAAAACUAACCUCUUCGUUUCUUAUACGAUAAAUGGUUAUAUUCAACGCAACCUUGAACAAUUUUAGAUACUUUUCACACGACAAUUCGACAAAUAUUUAUCGAACGUAAUCGAACUCGAUCACAUGCGGAAUCACGUGCAAGUAAUAUCCCACGAUAUUGUAAACCAAGGUAAAACGUAUGAUUAACAGUGAAAUGUCAUUUGGCGUUUAAGGAUAGCAGUAUGAAACGUAACUUUCCUGCAAGUAAACUUAGGUUGAUGGAUAAGACAUUGAAGGAAGACUAGAAAAGUUUCUCUAUGCGAUGGAGCUAUUCCAUUAGACUUUUCAUGUUUCUCUUUUAUAUUCCACUUUAGAUUCACUUCAAAAUACUUAUUUUUCUCUCUUUUUUGUAUUUAUAUCAAGACCAUGUCAAAGCCUGAGACACCAAAAUUUGUAACUGCCCUAUUUUCCUUCAAAGGAAAAAAUAAUGAUGAGCUGUGUUUUAAAAAGGGAGAUGUGAUUACGAUAACACAGACAGACGAAGGAGGUUGGUGGGAAGGAACAUUACAUGAUAAAACAGGAUGGUUUCCAUCUAAUUACGUCAAAGAGUGCAGGGUUCCAGAGAAUAGUGUCUCGACUAUGAAAGCAACUGAAAAAGUUCUGCAAGAAUCUCCUGUGCAUCAGAAGCUAAAUUGUGAUAUUGUAUUGAAAGAUUUGGUAGACUCUGAAAGAGUGAAUGUAGCGGAAUUGCAGGGUUUGAUAAAUAGUUUUUUACAUCCUCUAGAAUCUGCUAACAUAUUGAACAAAGAAGAAUACAAGCAACUUCUAGGUAAUGUACAUGAAGUUUUGGAAGUACAUCAACGAUUGCUAUCCAAUUUGGAAGCAACUAUGACACAAGAUUCUAGAGUUGGAAAUCUCUUUCUAACACUUGCACCAAAAUUAAAGUCCAUUCAUACAAUGUAUUGCAGAAAUCAUCCGAAGGCAGUAUGUAUCUUAGAUCGGUACAGAGAUGAACUGAAUGAUUUCAUGGAACGUAGUGGAGCAAUAUCACCAGGGAUAUUAGUAUUAACAACUGGUUUAAGUAAACCUUUCCGAAGAUUGGAUAAAUAUUCUGCUAUGCUUCAAGAAUUGGAGAGGUAUACGGAAAGAAAUCAUCCUGAUAGAGGUGACACACAACGCAGUAUAGCAGUAUACAGAGAGAUAGCGGAUCGAUGUGCAUCCAUACGAAAGCAACGUGAGUUGGCGCUUCAAGUGUUAACCAGCGGUAUUAAAGGAUGGGAGGGAGAAGAGUUAAGCUCACUCGGGGAAAUUCUUUAUGUCGGAUCUGUCACUUUGGCAAGCGGAACUACUGGUCUAGAUCGUCGAGAUAGAUACUUUGUUCUUUUUCCAACGACUCUUUUGGUCCUCAGUGCCAGUCCAAGGAUGAGCUCUUUCGUUUACGAAGGAAAACUUCCAUUAACAGGUAUUACUAUUACUCAAGUGGAAGAUACAGAUGAAAUAAGAAAUGCUUUUGAAAUUACAGGACCAAUGAUCGAGAGUAUACUAGUACUUUGUGGUACUAAAGAAGAUCAGCAGCGAUGGAUCGAACUUUUAAUACAGGAACAAACAACGAAUAACAGUCUCGUGAAAUCAUCAACGACGUCACGCGUGAGUUACAGUUUACCUCCAUAUGCUCGUCUUUCAAGAUAUUUUGCGAAAUUAGUCAGACAAAAAAUUAUACGUCCUGAACUUUUGAAAAAAUUGCUUUAUUUACAAUACGUUCUGCGACCAGAUAUGAGUAAUGUAAAAAUGCGAAGGACUAAUAUAACGACAUAUGUCCUUCAUCCGAUGCAAACAAAUAGUCAGGAUAGUUGUUCACACAACUACUCGGCAAGUUUCGAGUCGAAUAAGAUCUCAACGGGGCAAUCAUUCGUUGGAACGACAAUGUUGCGUAAAUCUACUUUGACUCUCAAUGUGAAAUAUGCAAUAGCAGAUAUUGAUCUUAGUACUGUAGGAAUAACAAAGGGCUCAUCUUCGACGGAAUUAAUAUCAACUGAGAAAGAUACACGAGGUGAAAUUAGUAAAAGUUUGCCACUUGUUAGUAUUGGAAGUUCUAUUACUGCUGGUUUCGCCAAUAAUAAUAAUAAUGUAAAUACCGUAAGCGUUGUUGACGAACAACUCGCUUGUCGAUCACGUUUCACGAAUCUUGCUCAUUCGUUUCCAAUUGGCUGUAACUUCCAUCAAGAUACAUUUGGUGAAACGAAGAAGCACAUAGAUGUAGCGGCCGCGAUAAAGUGUUGGAAGAGUAAAGAAUUCACUGACGAACAACCUAUUAUGAUAAAUUCUGUACAUCAUCCAUCCGUUCCUGUGUGUAAUUCAAACAUUAUUGAGAAUUGCUGUCAAGCGAAUGUAAUUAGUGUUGGAUCAUCAGAUUCAGGAAUGGCUGAAAGUUAUCGAUUAAAUUCUUCUGAAAUAAAUUCUUCCUGUAAAUCUUGUACGUGCAUUGAGAACAAGUACAGCAUAGAACAUCCUAUAAGGAUCUAUUCUGAUGAAAGUGAGAACGAUGAGAAUAAUUUUGAAUAUCAGUGCGUUUGUACAUCACCUUUUGGUUCAACCCCCAGGGAUAGUGCUCACUUAUCUGAUUCAUCGAAACAUAAUGAUAAUACUUUAGAUCCUCCGACCUGCGAAACUGCUAGUACGAUAGUUUACAAUUCUGACCAUGCCUUUACAACGAAUAAAAUACAAACAAAAGAAAAUGUGCUUUCGAAUAAAUAUGAGCAUACAAUGCAAAGAAGGUUUACACAACCUAUACCGUACACACAUCAAAGUAUUGUACGAAAAGUUGGAAGGAAAGCAAUUCAGCCAACUCGACCUGUCGAAAACGAUUAUAAUGGAACACAUCAAAUAUACACAUCAGGACUAUAUGCCCAUUGGUGGUUGAAGAAGUCUAUACCAUUUUCUGGAUGCUCGGAUCAAGGCAAGCUUCCAUGGCAUGGCUGUCUUUUUUUUCCUACUUGUUUAAUUAGCGUUUUUGCUUGUGUUACUACUAAUUGGAUUUGCAGUCAACAAAGCGGGAAACAGCAACAACAACAAACGCAACAGCAGCAACGACAGUCACAACAACACAGAUCAGUCACGGAACAUUGUGUCUCCCUAGGAAUUAGAACACCUUGGAGUAUCGCUUCGUUACGACCAGCACCUCCUUUCUAUAGCUUCAAAGUAUUUGAUGAAAGACAAUUUGAAGAGGACGCGAUCAUAUUGAAGGUGAUAGAGGCGUACUGCCUUUCUGUUAAUGCUAGAUUCACCGUGCAUUCUGGAGAAUCAACUUCAAUGCUGGAAUAUGAUUCGCAUAAAAUGCGAGACAGAACAUCUUUGAUGCAUAAUCGUGGAAAUUGGGAUUUUUGUAGUAAUCGGACAUUAUCAGAAACAGUUAGAACAUUGAAAAAUCAAAUGACAGAUUUACAAUCGCAAAUGUCAUUAUUGACGAAACAAUUGGACGAAGAGAGAAGAUCGAGACUUUCUUUAGCCGCAACGGUAAAACGUAGCAUUGGUGUUGUGGACGGAUCGGUACCUUAAAUGUUCUUGACAAAAGAUAUAAUUUCUUGAUAUAAUGAUCUGUGUUUUAUCAUAUUUGCAUCUUUUAAUCCGAUUCAAUUUAAGUUUGACAUUGGGAAUGUUCUCUCUGUAAAAUUUUCACACAGUGCCAUUGUAAUAAAAAUAAAAGAAUGAGUAACUGAA